AAUAACAUUAACACAGUGCAUUGAGAAAAUUACAAAUACCUUUUAACUAUGUGUAAGAUUUCUCCUGAUUGAUGAAUGUGAUCUGCUAAUUAAAUAAGAAGACUGAACGUUGAAGUUGUUCCCAGAGGUUUCAGUCAUGUUUGUUUCCAAGACUGGCAUCAAGGUGGAUGACAUACCCAUCUUGACAAAGCAUGAUAUAAGAAGCAAAGUUUGGGCAUAUAUUGAAGAACAUGACUUGGCCAAUUUCCCUCGUCCAGUUGACCACCGUAUCCCCAAUUUCAAGGGUGCAGGUGAGGCAGGGCAGCGUGUCCGUGACCUGCAGUGCUUCACAGCCGCUAAGACAGUCAAAGUCAAUCCAGACAAGCCUCAGGAAGAAGUGAGGUUUUUUGUAUUAGAGAUGGAUACAGAUUGAGUUCUCAUGCGGUUUCUGCCCAGCUGAAGUGUUGCUGUGUCUUUAUCCUCGGUAUUCUGUCGCUGUAACUUAAGAAAAGUCUCAUGUUAUAGUACAAUCCUUGAUGUGCCCCAAAGGUUGUUGUGAUCCUAGACUUUUCAUUGAGGUCCUUUCGAUGGUAAGGCAAUUUGCUGACAAGUACACUAGGAAUCUCUGUUUUUCCUUCUCCUGUUUUUUCUGUUACUAUCCUUAUUAUUGUAAUUAUUUUGGUCUUGUUAAAAUAGUGGAUAUUCCUUUUGUGUUUGAACUUAAAGGUGACAAUCCCAUGAUUUGCAUCUCAUUGGUUUCAUGGUAUCAGGCAUCCUUUUGUUUCUUACAUCAGAUAGCACCUCUCCAAGAGCAGACUCUUAACUGCUGUCCUGUGUAGUUAGGCAUUUUUGUAUUUGUUUUGAUGAUAAAACUUUCUGGGAUUGAAUUUUUCAUCCCUUCCAUUGUCAGUAUAUAUAAGUGUCAACCCUGAGGUACAAAGUGCUUGCUUUCUCAGAUUUCUUCAUUAAUCUUGCUAAAAAUGAUUUUUUUUUCUACAGAGGACUCUUCUAAUACACCUGCUCUUUCUGUGCUCUUUGAGUGAUGGUCUUACAAAAUAUCUAUAUAUUUUCAUUACUAUUCUUUUCCUCGUCUCUGCAGGGAGCUCAUAUUUUCUUCUGCUUGACAGUCAUUUUCUACAAUGUUUGCCAUGAUUUAUUUAUUUUUUUAUUUAUUUAUUUAUUUAUCUAUUUAUUUAUUUAUUUAUUUACCCCCACAAAGCAUAUGUUGACAUAAUUGAUUUUUAUGUUAGAUUUUAGUAAUUAUUAGUUAAAUGGAUAGAGGUAAAUGGAUGUGAGUGAUAUUUUUAUCUUUAAUGUGAGUAGAGUAUACAAUGCUUCCAGUAAUAAGUCACAAUUGACAGAAAACACAUUUCAUUUCACGUUUAGAAGUGGGGGUGGGGGGAGUCUGUACUCUCCAGUUUACAUUAAUAUUUGCAAAUAUAUGCUAUAAAUCCAGGCUUAACCCAGUGGUGACGGGUGAAAAAAAAAAAAAAUCUAUGCUCUGGUGAACCAUGGCAGCGCGCCUACUUUGAGUGCAUGAGUUCGGUACAUCAGACUUGAAUCACUGGCUCGCCGCGCUCUGUUGCACCGCUGUGGCGUACAGCCGCAUGCCACUUUUCGAGCAGUUUGUUUUCAUGCCUAGCGGCGUCACCCGUCGUGAAGGGGUUAAUUCAGUAAACUUUACAGAUGGUCAUAUUUUAGUUUGAGAGUCAAGAAUUACUAUCUUAGCUAAAACACCUUUCCUGAUUGAGUUUAAAUUUGCC